AAACAGGCGAACUUGCCUCCAAUUGUCCGAGCCUCACGUCACGGAAAGAGUUGCAGCGCGUUGAGGAAUACAUUCAAGGAACAGACGAGAAAGCGGACCGCGAUGAACGCGGAUCGCCUCUGAAUGCGGCGUGCUCGGUUCCUGCUUCCCCCAACUUUAAAGGCGCUCGACUGGAGAUGCGCAAGGGACCUGUUCACAAAGAAAACGCAGCAAGUUUUGAGUCCGGGGGAAUGCGUUGCGGGCUGAAAACGCACAGGGAUACAAUUACUCAUCCGUCUGUUUUUGUCUGCGCCGCCGGAUCACUUUGUCCUGGAAAUAUGUUCGUCUUGGAAGGCUUUUAAGGGCUCCCGGGAGAGGUUUAAGAGCGAUACACGCUCAAAAAGUGAAGUUUAAAGAGGGAUCUGCGGCGCUAUUGCAGGAGGACUUGGAUGAAAACAGUCAUGGAUUGAACCAUAUUGUUUCUGUUAUGUUGACACAGACAGAUAUUACUUGCACAUUGUGGAGUUGUAGCUUGAAGGUAGGAUACAAAAUCAGGAACAGAGUAGUUUUCUAAAUGGGCUGAUGAGUUUUAAUUAAGUGUGACUUAGACUUUUUUCUUUAAAAAAAAAAGAUUAUAUUUCAUAUUAUUCACAUAAGCCAUACUCUGCAGUGUUACAGCAAACUGGUGUCAAAUGUUUCCAUGCACUAUGUGCAUGUAGAAGUUGAAGGUUGGGGACCCAGUUGUGUUUCAUCAUGUCAGUCAAAGGUGUUGCCAUCUACACUUUCCUAAGUGAGAACAAAGAGGAGAUCAGCAUCCAGGAGAAUGAGGAAGUGGUUAUCUUCGAUGAGAACUCAGUGGAUGGUUGGGUCCUGGGGGAAAACAGCCGCGGGGAGAGGGGUCUCUUCCCCAAAUCUUACGUGAACAUCAUUCGCCCUCGCUCCGACUCCAACGUGACCGACUGCUCCAUAAGCCCGGCGGGCUCCUUAGGAAACGACUCCCCCCAUCUACCGUCUACGCCCAACACCUCCAUCAACUCGGGGCAGAUUUACGAUGAAGACUACUACGACGACUGGGACGACUGGGACGACAGGUCCACGGUGGUGGAUGAUGCGGAUCACACAAACACUAGCGGCACCGGAGCCAACGGGCACAUCUAUCAGGCCCAACCGUCUAGCAACCCCAACGUGUAUUACAGGAGCAAAUCCGUACCCGGACAAGACGGCAUGGCCAGCUCCAGGAAGGGCAGUAUGGUGGGCAGGAACUUGAACCGAUUUUCCAGCUUCGUCCGCUCAGGGGUGGAGGCGUUCGUGCUCGGCGACGUCCCCAUGAUGGCCAAGAUCGCCGAGUCGUACACCAUCGAGAUGGGCACGCUGGGGCCUCAGUGGAAGGCGAACCCGCGGCCGUUCGUCUGCUCCAUUGAAGACCCGACCAAGCAGACGAAGUUCAAGGGUAUCAAGACGUACAUAUCGUACCGAGUGACGCCGAGCCACACCGGCCGACCCGUCUACAGACGCUACAAACACUUCGACUGGCUGUACAACCGUUUGUUGCACAAGUUCACCGUGAUCUCCGUGCCCCACCUGCCCGAGAAGCAGGCCACCGGCCGCUUCGAGGAAGACUUCAUCGAGAAGCGCAAGCGGCGGCUGGUCCUUUGGAUGAACCACAUGACCAGCCACCCGGUCCUCUCCCAGUACGAAGGCUUCGAGCACUUCCUGAUGUGCGCCGACGACAAGCAGUGGAAGCUGGGCAAGCGGCGGGCGGAGAAGGACGAGAUGGUGGGGGCCCACUUCAUGCUGACCCUUCAGAUCCCCGGCGAGCACCAGGACCUGCAGGACGUCGAGGAGCGGGUGGACAACUUCAAGACCUUCGCCAAGAAAAUGGACGACAGCGUGAUGCAGCUGACGCACGUCGCCUCGGAGCUGGUGCGCAAGCACCUGGGCGGCUUCCGCAAGGAGUUCCAGCGGCUCGGGAACGCCUUCCAGUCGAUUAGCCACGCCUUCACACUGGACCCGCCCUACAGGUCGGAGGCCCUCAACAACGCCAUCUCCCACACUGGCCGCACCUAUGAAAACAUCGGGGAGAUGUUUGCAGAGCAACCUAAGUAUGACCUCUUCCAGAUGCUGGAUAAGCUCUCGCUCUAUCAAGGCCUGCUUGCGAACUUCCCCGACAUCAUUCAUCUGCAGAAAGGUGCUUUUGCCAAAGUGAAGGAGAGCCAGCGGAUGAGCGACGAAGGAAAAAUGGACCAGGACGAAGCGGAUGGCAUUAGGAAACGCUGCCGGACUGUGGGCUUUGCCCUCCAAGCAGAAAUGAGCCACUUCCAUCUGCAGAGAGAGGUGGACUUCAAAGACAUGAUGCAAGCCUACCUCAGGGAGCAGAUAGCCUUUUACCAGCGUGUUGUCCAGCAACUGGAGCGCACCCUGCGCAUGUACGACGGCCUUUAAAGGCACCCGACCCUACGCCUGGGUCCAGAUGCCAAAACUUACAGAAACAAAACAAAGAAAGGAUUAAUUUUGACUCUUUUUUUUUUCGUCAGGGUUGUUGGUGGUUAUUUUUAAAAAGCAGCAUUAGUUACUGAAGAGAUGUACAAAGCCAGUCAUUUCUUCUCUUCGAUGGAGUCAAAGAAAUAUUUUUAAAGACCUACUGUACGUUUUUUUUUUUUUUAUAUCCAAAGUACUCUUCAAAUAGGUGAAGACAGUAUAUUUUACAUAAUUUAAGUUUUUUGUAACGUUAAAAAUAAAAGCACAGGCUGUACAUCACACAGGUUCAGUAGGGUUACACAUAAAAAAAAAAAAUAAAAAAAAAGACAGAAAACGGGUCCUGUGUGUUUCCCUUACCCCCCAAACAUCAUGGUGACUUCUUGUGGGAUCAGUUCAGGCUGUAUCUUUAAGUAAAAUGGUCUUAAACCAAAAAGGUCUUAAAACAAAAAAACAGCACAUUUUUUUACAAUGGCCAAUCAAAUGAUUUUACUUCUUCUAUCCAAACACUGCUCUGUAAAGAGGAAUGUUACUUUAAUUUUGCUGAGAGCACGUCCUGCUCAGGUGUUCGCUGCUUUAACUUUCAUGUCAGUGGUUGCAAAUCACAAAUGCCUUGGCACGUACUGGGACUACUAAAUUCAGUUUUGUGGGUGGGGUGGGGGGUGGGGUGUAGUUUUCUUGCAGUUUGUGCCUUUAGGGACGUUUUGCAUUCGUAUGGAAUAUUUUUGUAAGUUUACCUUUCUCUUCUUGUGUAUCGCAGGGGGGAAUUAAUAGUAUGAGCUUAGUGCUGGGACAAGUUUGCACAUGUCUCUGUGAUUGGUCGUCGUCGCGGGGUUUGUUUUACGCUGCGUGGCUGAAGAAGAGCUCGAAAGCUGUGCUUAACUCCCUGUUACAUAGCGGAGGAACAGAAAUGUAUAACUUUAUUUGUAGCAGCCAUUUGAAAAGUAUGUUGUGGGAACGAUGUAGUGUGAAAGGACACUCCUCAUGUGCUGGAUGAAAGGAAUGAUAGCGCUCUCUUGUCUGUCCAUUAAAGAGAUCAUACUAUA